AUGUCUUUAUCUUAAGAUGAUGAAUUACUAGAAUUACAUUCAAGAUAUGACAAUCUUCAAAAACUAAAUCAAAAUAUUGCCUUUGAAAAUUAGAAAUUAUAAAAUGAAAUGAAAACUAUGAAGUAGGUAUAUUGUCUAAUCAUAAUUCUAGACUUUAUUUUAAUUUGAAACAGAAAAUAAUGAAUUAAAUGAUCAAAUUGAAAAUCUUAAGAAUGAUCUAAGAACUUAAUUUACUAUUAGUUAGAAUUUAAGAUAAGAAAAUGAAUUUUUUGAAAAUUAAAUACAUGAAUGUAGAAAACAAAUUGAUUCUGCUGCUUCAUAUUAUAACUAAAUUAUUGAGGAAAACGAUCUUCAUAUUUCUUAAAUGCAACAUAAAAUAUAAUAAAAUGAAUAUCUAACAUAAGAAAAUCAUUUAUAUAAAGAACAACUUCAUUCUUUAUAAGAAGAAAAUGAAUAAUUAGUAUAAGAAAUAACUAAUUUAUAAGAAUCACUUAAUAAUCAUGAACCUUAUCCUUAGGAUAUUAAAAAUCUAUAAAAUUCAGAUUAAAAUAAACAUAUAUAGAAAUAAAAUAAAAAGAAAAUUAAGGAAUUAGAAAGAUUAAUUAUUAAAAAAGAAUAAGAAAUAAGUUAAUUGUAUUAAAAAAUAGAAGAUCUAAAAAAUUAUAUUUAAUAAAUGAAAUAUUAAUCAGAAAAAUAUGAAUAGAAUCUUUCUUACUUAUAUAAUGAUUAUUAAUAAAUUGAAAUAGAAAGAAAUAAAUUAGCUUCUAAAAUUGAUUCAAUUUAAAAUUCAAAUGAAAGAUUUUCUACUUUAUAACAAUAAUUGUCUACAUCUGAGAAAAAUAAGAAUAAAGAAUAUUAAUAAAUGAAAAUUUAAUAUGAUCAAUUACAAAUGCAGAAUUUACAAUAUCAAUAAUAAAUUUAAGUUAUAAAUGAAGAAAUUACUAUUCUCACAUAAAAGUAUAAUGAUUUAUAGGAAUUAAAUAAUUAAUAUUUAUAAGAAUCUUAACAUGAAAAAAAUUAAUUAAUUGAAAAGGACUCUUUAAUAGAUAAAUUAUAAUAAUAAUAAUAGAUUAAGGAUUUAUAAAUAUAAUAAUAAAUUAAAGAAUUUAAUUAAUAAUUAAAAGAAUUAUAAUAAAAUAAAUCUGAUCAAUAAACUUAAAUUAUUUAAUUAUUAAAAGAAAAUCAAAUAUAGAAUAGUCAAUUAAAUUAGAUUAAAGAUUUAUAAUCUAAAGAAUUGAAAGAUAAUUUAAAUUAAAUAGAAUCAUUAAAAAAAGAAAGAUAAAAUCUUAAUGAUCUUAUUAAAAUUAAAGAUGAUAAAUAUAUAGAUUUAGAAAUGAAAUUAAAAAAUUCAGAAAAUUUAAUUAAAUAAAUUUAAGAAGACAGAAUUUAUUUAGAAUAAGCAGAAUAGUAUAAUAUUAAUAUAAUUUAGAUCCUUUGAAGAGGUAUCUUAAUAAUGUAUGUAAUUAUAAGAUUAGAAUAGAGAUCUCUUAAGGUAAGUUGCUAAUCUUGAAAAUGACUUACAAAAAAAUGAAGAAGAAUUGAGAUAAUUAAAGAGAAAUAAUAAAAAGUAUUCAUUUACAUUAAGUAAAGUUCUUAGAAUUUUGAUAAGAAUGCAUAAUAAAUGAUUUUGAAAGAUAGAGAAAUAUUGCAUUUAUAAUCAGUUGUAGAAAGAUUAGAAGGAAUGAAUAGAUAAUUAUAAUAAGAAUGUGAUAGACUUGCUGCAAAAAUUUAAUUAACAUCACAUGAGAAUACUUUAUUAAGUAGAACAAAUAGAGAAAUUAGUUAAAUGGGUAAAUUAUUAAUAGAAGGAUAAUAAAUUAAAGAGAUGUUAGAAAAGAAAAAAUAUGAAAAACCAUUAACAUAAACUAAUAAUAAAGCACCUUAAGUGAUUUAAUAGCUACAAUUACACAAUAGAAGACCAUCUGUAAAAAAAUCUUGA